UGCUUGGAAGAAAAUACUGCCAUUAUCUUUCUUUACUUCAGUAAUAGAAAUUGAAACCUAUUAAAAUGAUUUACCAGGUUAUCAUUUUAGCUAUCAUUAGUAUCGCUGCUUUUGCACAUCCACCUCUGGAUCAUGGUCAUCAUGCACCUAAACCAUACAAAUUUGGAUACAGCAUAAAGGACAAGCAUGGUGAGCAACACAGGGAAAAAUCCGGAACGGGUGGUCAUGUGACAGGAAGCUAUGGAUUUACUGAUGAUCGUGGUAUCCACAGAGAAGUACAUUAUGUAGCUGACCACGGUGGUUUCAGAGCCCAAGUCAAGACCAACGAACCAGGAACCGCUAACCAGAAUCCAGCAGCUGUUCACAUUCAUUCAUCUGCUCCAGCUCAUGGUCAUCUCUAUGGAGGAUAUGCUGGUCAUGGACAUGCCUAUGCUAACCAUGGACAUGGUCAUGUUGCUCAUGGACAUGGUCAUGUUGCUCAUGGACAUGGUCAUGUUCCUCAUGGACAUGGACAUGUUGCUCACGGACAUAGUUAUGCUGGUCAUGGUCAUGAAGGAAAUGCUGGCUUAGGCUAUGGAUAUGGUGGUUAUGGACUUGGUUACAAUGGUCUCGGUUACGGUGCAGGAUUUGGUGGAUAUGGCUUAGCCAGUGCAUUGUUAGGCACUCUUCCUUAUGCUAGAUAUGGUUAUUAAAUAGAAUAGUUGUAUAAAUAUCUAGGCAAUAAAAAAAUAUUUUUUAAA